AUGAGACUGUAUAUAUCAGCUUCCGACACUACCAUAGAUAGCAUGUUGGCACAAGAGAAUGAAGAUGGCGUCGAAAGAGUCAUUUAUUACCUUAGUAGGGUUUUAAAUGAUGCAGAAACUAGAUACACUUCAAUAGAAAAGUUGUGUCUUUGUCUGCAUUUCUCUUGUACUAAACUCAAAUAUUAUAUAAAGCCUGUUGAUUUAUACGUCUCUUCGCAUUUUGAUGUCAUCAAGUAUAUGUUAUCUAAGCCAAUAAUGCACAGUCGAAUUGGCAAAUGGGCGUUAGCGCUCACUGAAUACUCUCUAACCUUUAUGCCUUUAAAGGCAAUGAAGGGACAAAUAGUAUCAGAUUUUAUUGUAGAUCAUGCACUGGUCGAAAAUCCUCAAUUUCAAGUUGAGUUGAAACCUUGGAAAUUAUUCUUCGACGGUUCCACUCAUAAGAAUGGAAGUGGGGUUGGGAUAAUGUUACUCAAAAAAUUCGAAUACGUCGACCUAAAACAUGUCCCUAGAAUAAAAAACCAAGAGGCUAAUGACUUAGCACAAAUAGCCUCAGGGUAUAGAAUUUCAAAAGAAAAGCUAGAAGAACUUGUCGAAGUAAUAGGAAAGGCAAUGGCUGCUAGAUUAUCCCCGACAGAUUUGGAAAGCACCCAGUUAGGAUAUGCUAACAAAGAGGAGUUCGAAGUUUUGGCCAUUGAUACCUUCAUAGAUACAGAUUGGAGGAAUCCAAUUAUUAAUUACCUCAAGGACCCUUCGACAGACACAGAAAGAAAAACCAAGUACAUGGCUUUAUCUUAUGUAUUGAUAGGGAAUGAGUUAUUCAAGAAAACCCCUGAAGGGAUCUUGUUGAAAUGCUUAGGAGAAAGUGAAGCUUACUUGGCAUUAUCUAAUGUACAUAGUGGAGCUUGUGGACCACAUCAGGCAGGCCAUAAGAUGAAAUGGUUGCUUUUCAGAUAUGGAAUGUAUUGGCCCACCAUGUUAAAAGAUUGUAUAGAGUUUGCUAAGGGUUGCCAAGAAUGUCAAAUACAUGCAGGAAUUCAACAUGCUCCUGCAAGUGAACUUCAUACAAUUAUUAAGCCUUGGCCCUUCAGAGGUUGGGCAUUAGAUCUAAUUGGGGAAAUUAGACCCAAUUCAUCCAAAGGUCAAAGAUACAUACUUGUAGGAAUUGACUAUUUCACUAAAUGGGUCGAAGCGGUACCUUUAGUAAAUGUGGAUCAAGAAACUAUCAUCGAAUUCAUUCAAAGGCAAAUUUUAUACAGAUUUGGAAUCCCAGAAAGUAUAACAACAAAUCAAGGAUCAGUUUUUACUGGUCGAAAGAUGCAAGAAUUUGCAAAGGAAAUGGGGUUUAAAUUGUUAACAUCCACACCCUAUUAUGCUCAAGCCAAUGGGAAAGUUGAAGCAGCCAACAAAGUAAUAAUUGGGCUAAUCAAAAAGCAUGUAGGAAAAAAGCCAAAAAAUUGGCACAAAACUUUAGACCAAGCACUCCGGGCUUGUCGAACCUCCCCUAAAGAAGCCACUAACACUACACCUUUCCAGCUUACAUUUGGACAUGAUGCAGUACUACCUGUCGAAAUCUACCUGCAAUCAGUAAGAAUCCAAAGACAAGGAGAAAUUCCAUCUGACUUAUACUGGGAAAUGAUGAUAAAUGAGUUGGUGGAUUUGGACGAAGAAAGGUUACAAGCGUUAGAAGUAUUAAGAAGACAGAAGGAGAGGGUAGCAAGGGCAUACAAUAAGAGGGGCAAAGGUAAAACCUUUACUAUGAACGAUUUAGUAUGGAAAGUCAUAUUGCCUAUGGAUCGAAAGAAUAAGGCAUUAGGAAAAUGGUCUCCACAGUGGGAAGGACCUUUUCGAAUUCUAAAAGCCUUUUCAAACAAUGCAUACGAAAUAGAGGAACUAGCAGAGGAUCGAAGAAUCCUAAAAGUAAAUGGAAAAUACUUAAAGAAGUAUAAACCAUUUAUGCACGAAGUUAGAAUCAUAACAGCAUAG